UACACCUCCUGCCCCGAGACAUGUCCUGCUACAACCAGUGCCUGCCAUGCCUGCCAUGCGGACCCUGUGGCCCAACUCCGCUGGCCAACAGCUGCAAUGAGCCCUGUGUCAGGCAGUGCCAGGACUCCAACGUCUUCAUCCAGCCCUCUCCCGUGGUGGUGACCCUGCCCGGCCCCAUCCUCAGCUCCUUCCCGCAGAACACCGCCGUGGGAUCCUCCACCUCCGCUGCCGUUGGCAGCAUCCUCAGCUCUCAGGGAGUGCCCAUCUCCUCCGGGGGCUUCGGCCUCUCUGGCUUGGGCAGCGGCUACUGCGGCAGGAGGUGCUUCCCCUGCUAAAGCCCAAGACAGACGCUCAUCUUCCCCCAGUGCUUCCUGCACUGGUGAUUCCUCUUGGAGGGACCUUGUUUCCUUCUGGAUU